UCUUGAUGUGUUUUAUGGUUUUGAUCUCAAAGCAAAUUACAACUAUUCACAAAUAAAUGCUUAGCAUCUGAAAACAUAAGUUCUUGAAACUUGUAUUUCAAAAGCUGAGUAAAAUAGUCACCAAAGUUUUAUGUACUACUUAAACAUAGCCAUUUAUUCAGCCUAAUAUUUCUUACAGAUAAACAUUACAAAAAGCAAAUUUAUAAGUGCCAGCUCCGAAAAUUACUAAUGCAUAAGAUAUCCCAUUUAAAAGAGGGAAACUACAGACCUAAAAUAAAAGCUAAAGUUAUUAUCUUGAAUAUAAAUUACAAAAAGUCCUAAGUCAGAGAUAUUCCAGGAUAGAGGGUGAUUUCUCUAAUAUCAAAUUCAUUAACACGCACAUUUCCAAAGCAGUAACCCAUAGUUGGGGUUGUUUGAUGUUGUUUCUUCUUUAAAACAAACACCAUGGCAAAAUCCAGAGUAAAGUUUAUGCAUUUAUUGGAGAAACAGAUAGAGAUCAAAGGGAAAAGAACAGACCAAAAGUCUUUGGAUGAGAACUCGCUCCCUUUUCAACACUGAUCUGUUUCAUCAGGAGCUUGUGUGCAGAAUAGAUGAUGAAACAUGGUCACCUUCAUUAGGAGGUUUUAUACAUACGACUGCAUUGUAGUUUUGCACCAGUAAAUCUUUUAAUGUGCAUAUUAUGUUUAGUUUUAUGAUAAUGACAGCAAUGGCUGUUAACACCUAAUUACUGGAGUUUAUCUUUAGUUGAAAAACUUGCAAAAGACAGCAUAUAAAAAAUCAAUGUCCACACAUCCAGCGUAGCAAAAAAUAGAUUCCUCGCUAAAAUCUCAUAAAGAGAAAAUUGUUUACCACAAAAAAGAUUUUAAAAAUUGGUAAAAUCUGCCUUUCCUAAAACUUGAGGGAAGCAGUUUCACCUAAUAAUGGCACUAAUGAUCUAAAACUAAGCUAAAUGGUAUCCCUGUAAUAUUAUGCACAUUAUUUAUUUAUCAAAUCCUAGUGAACAUUGCUUUUAUUUUCAUGUAUUUAAAACAUCACCGAAAGUAGUUUUUAUAUGAAUGUGACUUAAUGUAAGCAUCCUUGGAUCACGGGAAGAAAAGUCAACAUGCAAAUAAUGUGAAAAAAUUAGUAUCCUCAGCUUCUAUCUCCCCUCUCUCCACUGACCACCAUGGGGGUCUCCUUCAGUAAGAAGCCACCAGAAAAUAACUUCAGCUGGAAUUGUCUAGAAAACCCCAGCCAAUGGAUUCUGAUAAUAUGAGGAAAUCCAGACAAGUUAUUCCACAUAUAGUAAGUACAUCCAGCUCUAGAAAGUGUCAUAUUCCAGAAUGUGUUUUAAAGCUUCCAGGUUUUAGAAGCACAGUCAAAUCUGACUACACAAAUGUACUCCCAAACUAGAGGAUCUCGAACAUUUUGAAUAAGGCUUGACUACAUUUCCUCUUUUACCUAUUCUAGACUCCCAACAGUGGCCUGUCCCUGACAUAACUGUUCAGCAACCUCAACAGAUCUGUGCCUUGAACAUUCCUUCUUCCCAGUCAUUGCCAAUCCACUCCCUCCCACCCAAGCUCUUCCAUUUUCUACCCUUUGCUGCUUGUCUGCAAAGUGCAACACACUCUGGCUGCAAGAAUCUCUGAGUUCGUGUGUAAUAGUUUUGCCCUUAACUGGGAUCCUCUACUCAACUAGACGCAAGCUUCCAGAGUGGGUUUGCUCUUUUGCUGAUUUAAACAAUUUAGUGGUGCCAAGAUUUGGGGGGCAGGGGGUCUAAGCUAGCAAAACACUAAUGCGAUAUCAGGAGAAAUGACCACCCAAACCAUUUUCCUUUUCAUUUCUCCUAAGAGAUGUUCCACACCUAAUAUUUAACCAAAAAAUCAAUGUGGAUACUCUGUCUCUGCAUGAGACACACAGUACAAACAUUCAUGUACUUUCUUUUGCAUCUCAAAUAAAACCUCCCCCUCUCUCAAGAGAUUGGGAUGCUUGGAAAAAGCUGCAAGGGAUCUUUUCAAACACAAAGACAAUAUAUUCUGUCUUGGUAUUGUGCAGAAAUAAUAGCAGGGCUUUUUUCUAGGCCAGGGUCUACUGAUUGUGAUCUUGGCCCUAACCCAGAAACUUGUUGUUCCCCAACUUUAAGUGGAGCAGCAGUAUGCCUCCUUACUACUUCACUUUUUUUGCUUUUUCUUUUUUUUUUUUCCUAACAAAACCAGUCUUAAAUGAAGUGGUGUCUAAGUUCUGACCAUCCCGCCCCACUCCGUCUUCAUGGACAGUCUGUGGCAGGGGCAGAUUCCACAAAGCACCCCUACAGGGAGGUCCCUCCUUGCCUUCUCCUCCUAUGCAAUUUGGAGCACUAGGAGAUCUGGGGUCCACACUCCAGGAGAACCGGGCUCCGGGGCGGGGCGCCGUGGCCAGGGCAGAGAGCCGGCUGCUAACAGCCUUUUGCCCUCUACAGGGGAUUUCUCCACCCCUCUCUCUAUACAGGACAAAUCCAUUUUCCGUGACAUUUCCAAGCAAAAGUCUACUAGUCAAGUUCCCCCAGUGGGUAGGAGUGUCUAAAAGUCCUCAUCUGAACAGUCCAUCUGAAAUGAAUCUCUAGUAAAAAUAAAUAAAUAAGAACCCUCUGAAGCAAUCAAUACAGUCGAGUGCAGAAAAUGCCUAGGGGUAAGGAAAAAAAAAAAAAAAACGUGGAUAAUAAAAGAUGCUCCCAGCUUCCAGCUCCCCCCCACCCUUUCCCGCUUUUUCAUUUACAGUGAGCGGGACAUUUAAAUUAUUGUGUGGUUUGUUGAUUUUUUUUUUAAGUUUUGUAGGGGUUUUUUGGUCUGUUUUUACACGGCACUGCAGGCAGCCUGUGCCCACAGGCAGAGGGGCAACGUGUCAGCCUGGAUGCCCCUGCCAGCCAUCCCCCUCGCGGCCGAGCCGGGGAUCCGGGAGGGAGAAGGUGCGGAGAGGGUCCUCGGCGGAGCGGCGGGUCCGGCGGGAGUGGGGGACCGCGGGGGGCGCGGCUCGGGUCCCAGACGGAGCUCUGCUCCUCGGAGGGAGAAGGAGCCUCGGCGGGUGCCACCCCCUCCUCUCCACUCCCCAGAGCCGGGUGCCUGGAGCAGGCACGGUCGCGGCGGGGCCCGGCGGGGGCAGCCGGGGAACCUCUCCGGUCCCCCCAUCCCCCCCCCACCCCACAACACGAGUUCGCGCCCCGGGCAGUACAACUGUGGGGGAGACCGCGUUAGCGGUUGUGGGGAGAAUAAGGUCUGCACGAGUGUGGGAACGAACAUAAGCCCUGGCCACCGACGCCUCGGUGCCCGGAAUCUCCGAGCGGAAACAAGGCUGCCCCCGGGCGGGCGGGGGGAGCCGAGGCAAAGUGGCGGCGCAGCUCGGGCAACUUUGCGGAGCAGCCGGGCGACAGCAGCGGGCAGAGGCUGCUGCCUCCGCUUCCCCGGCGAGGCUAACGGGCACCCAGAACGCUGCUGCCUCCGACCAGGAGGCGGAGGACUGAGUGGCUGUGGUCGCGAGCGGGAGGCAGGCAGGGAGCCCAGCCCGGGAGUGCCAGCCGCCCUCCGCGUCCUCGGCCCGCCGAGGGGCGCCUGCGCCCGGGUACGCUGCACCCCAAAUGCCCACUCGCCGUCCCACGGGGCCACCAACUAUUCGAGCGGUGCAAGGAAAAGGCAGCGGAAAAAAGGGGAGCAGAGCGAGAGAGCAGACGAGCGCGAGAAAUCAAGACCGACGCCCGCCCGGAGGAUCACGUACCUUUAGCUCCUCAAUAUCCAGCCGGCGCUAAGGGGAUUUCUCUCAUCUGUCAAAAAGCAACAUUUCCUCUCCAGACAAAUACUGUGCUGCUGGGUCUUAAAGACUGCCCUCUGCCCGGAAUCCAGUAGGUGACAAGCAUUUUAAUUCAUUUCACAUGUUGCCUCAUCUCGUUCGGUAGAGCUGGGAAGAACAACGUAUGUGUGUGUCAUACCCGCGUAUUCACAUGUAUUCACUUUCCAUCUGCUUUCAGUGUCGGGGAGCUUAAGAAAGACUCUUAAACAAAGUGACAAAUAGAAAUAAAGAAAAUUUCUCCUCCUGA